GAAGCAGCGCACAUGCCAUGGCGUGCCGAAUCACUGAAUCACGAGAUUUUUGCUCGAGUUCGGAUUGGUUCCGUUCCAUAUCUUUUCUCUGAAAACUCUCUCUUUUUGCCCCUUCCAAGCAUAACCCAAUUCAGACGUUUUUUAAUUCAAGUAAUGGAGCGGCUCACCUACCCUGGAAUUCUCUACGCCCUCCUCACUUUGAUACUACUUUGUGGACAAAAGAACAUCAUUCUAGCCACUCGAAUUCGUCUGAUUGGCGGAAACAAUCGAUUGGAGGGACGAGUAGAAGUGUUCCGUGAGGGGGCCUGGGGCACAGUGUGCGAUGACCACUGGGGAAUGCAUGACGCGACAGUAGUGUGCCGUAUGUUGGGGGGGUACGCGGCGACGAGCGCUGUAUCAGGGGGUCGCUUUCCCGCCGGGUCAGGACCUAUCUGGAUGGAUAAUGUCCAUUGCAUAAACACAGAGAGUGACUUAUCGGAGUGUCCGUUUAACGGAUGGGGCGUGCACGACUGUGAUCAUACUAAAGAUGCGGGCGUUAUCUGUCAAAGAUACGUUCGCUUAGUUGGCGGUAGCAGCACGACAGAAGGACGAGUGGAGGUGCUGCAUAACGGAGCCUGGGGCACGGUGUGCGAUGACUACUGGGAUGUGAAUGACGCUAGAGUGGUGUGUAGGAUGCUGGGAUACCAUCAAGCACUAAAUGCUUAUCCAGGCAGUCACUUUCCUCAAGGCUCCGGUCAGAUCUGGUUGGAUAACGUUGCGUGCACAGGCUCCGAGAAUGAUAUCGCGCAGUGCCCGAAUAGAGGAUGGGGGACGCAUAACUGUGGACAUCACGAAGACGCAGGAGUUAGAUGCUCACAGGGACGCUACGAGGAUAUUUCUAAUGACCUCGUUCCGGCUGCCCCAAGUAACGUGCGCGCGUCAUAUACCAGCUCCACCAGUAUUAUGGUGCGGUGGGAUGCGGUGACUCCCUCAAUUGCCAUACCUGAGGCAGUCAUACAGUACUACAGGGUGUAUUAUCGAAAAUUGAACUCUCUGACAACCUCUAGCACCGCCACCAGUAGUCUGAGAAUUGAGCUGACUGCACUGGAAACGUUUACAAGCUACGAGAUACAGGUUGCUGGUGCGAACAAGCUUAACGAAGGGGCGAUUAGCGGUACUACCACAUCCACCACAGAUGAGGACGUUCCUAGCGCCGCGCCGUCCAUCACCCUCGCCACAAACCUUUCCUCCACCAGCAUUCUCGUCCAGUGGACCGCUAUUCCCGCCAGUCACGUGCGAGGCGUGUUGCUAGGUUACAGGGUGUACUUCAAGAGCGUCCAUAGCACGGCGUAUCUUAGCAACCGAACGAGACCAAGCGAGGUGCGGGUGGUGUUGCGGGGGCUUGAUGCCUACACGGGAUAUACCAUACAAGUGGCUGCAUUCACUGCCAAGGGGGAGGGACCGAGAUCUAAACCAGUCUACCUAAAUACCAGCCAAGAUGUUCCAGACCUCGCUCCACCAAACGUGCUAGCAAUGAACCAGAGCUCGACCAGCCUGUUGGUCACGUGGGACCCGUUACCCGCGGGGCACGCGCGCGGCAAGCUUGCCGGGUACAGGGUCUGGUACCGAGCACUAGAGGACAGCGUUGGCGAGAGAGUAGCAGUUGUACCGCCUGGAAGAGGUGACGUCAUCAUACGGGACCUUCGCGUGUUCACUGUAUAUGUCGUGCAAGUGGAGGUGUUUACAGAGAGAGGGACUGGGCCGAGGAGUCAGCCAUACAAUGCUUCAACUGAUGAAGGAGUGCCCACUAUCGCACCAGCCAACAUCACCACAGAACCUGUCAACUCCACUGCUGUUAUCAUCCAAUGGCAUGACGUCCCUACACAGCACCUGAAUGGGUUCUUUGGAGGAUUCCACGUGACCUACAGAAGGCUGACGCAUGCAUCAUGUGACGUGUCUGUCCACACUAGCGCAACGCAGGUGGUUCUGGGACCGAUUGAGCCGGAUGUCGAGUACAAAGUCCAGAUCUCCGCCUCGACGGGCCGAGGGGACGGGCCCUGGAGCGAGGCUGUCAUGUUCUCGACUGGAGGAAAACCUUCGUCCCAAAGAUUACAAUCCAGCUCAAGUUCCACUGACAUUUUCGUACCAGUUGUUGUGCUGCUGGCGAUUUUAGUUAUGCUACUGAUUGGUUUGGCAUUCUACUUUAAACGACGAAGCCCCGAGAAGAGAGAAGAAAAGGAAGAUCACACUCUGGGUAUGCGAGAGAUUGCUGCGCAGCGUGAACAAACAAACCAGGAAAACCGGUGUGCCCAGCAAUCCAUCCAGUCAAACAGGUUUGAUCAGCAACCAAGCCAGUCAAACCAGUUUGACCAGCAAGCAGGCCCAAGUGACGAGGAGGAAGGAGCAGCUUGUAACAUGGGGAUGGAUGAGGAUAGGUAUGCUGUUGGUUCUGUCUCAAGUCCUAUCUAUGAUAACUACCCUUGUUACUAUAAGUAACAGUAUCAUAUGCAUUCUCUGACCAUCUAAAUGAAGGUUUGACUACUCGGCUUGACAAUACACAUACAGAAGAUUUUGAUUUAAAUAAUAGUUCUGUGUAAAGAUAAACGUGAUUUGAAAGAAAUGUCAGAUUUUUCCAUAAAUACUAAGUAAACAUUAUCCUGCAUUCUCUGAUUAUCUGGACAUUUUUUACUACUCAGAAUUGGAAAGUAUACAUUUUUUUAGAAAAACAAUUUAUCUGUUUGAAUCUGUGGAUAAAAGUAGUAUCAGAUCUUUUCAUUAUGAUACUGAACAGGUCUGGUUAUCUCAUAUUAUAGUGGCUCAUCUUAUGUCAUGGGCUUGCAUAUCUAAAUGAAGGAAAUCAUAUAACUUGUUGAAUUUAUUGAUGUGCUCUCUCAUGAAGCUUUUUACAUAAACAUCAGAGUUCUACCAUAAGAGUAAAUACACUAUCAUUAUUGUUAUUUUGCUUUGUUGAUUGCUUAAAAUUCCCAAGAUUGAAUAAAAAAAGAAUAAAAA